UGGGGCAUCGAACCAGGCCCGGAGACUUCUGUCGGCUGGGUUACAUUUGUGUUUCGAGCUCCGUACAUUAGGCACACUGCUUUCUGAACUGCUCAGGAAGCCCCAAGAUGAAGAAAGCCGGGGAUUUCCUCUCCCUGCUGAACAACAGGGAUCUCCUGAAGACCCCCUCCGGAAAUUCCAUUGUCAACUUCCUGGUGAAGCCCAUGAGUGUGGAGAUGAAUACGGCGGACAAGCUCAUCACGGGGGCCAGGCGCCAGCGGAUGAUGGAGCUUUUCGAGCAGGAUCGCGCCUGGGAGGCCGCCGAGCUGUCCCGCUUUGGCCUGAGCUGCAUCAAGGCCCCGGAUUGCUAUCCCUGCUGCACUCCGUUCGAGUGCUCGAAAGCCAAGUUUUAGAGUCGCCUGUUCGCGAAUGUAUCUGAAAGAUACACAUUUUAUUUCGCUCUUGCGUAUUUGCUUGUCCCUCGCAGAAAUAAAUCUUUAAAAAAUUACCCAGAA